UGUUACAUCGAUCUACAUAUCCGGUCUCUAUAACCUCUCCAACCUUUUCUAACUAAGGUUUAACGUGAGGUAGUCACGUUUUUACGUUUUCUUCGAAAUCGUAUUUCAUCCACAUUUCUAUUUAGCAAUUUUAUAUAACAUUUACUAAAAUGCCUCCAAAGUUUGAUCCUAAUGAAAUUAAAAAAGUUUAUUUGCGAUGCAUUGGAGGUGAAGUAGGUACGACUUCAUCUCUAGCCCCAAAAAUUGGUCCCCUUGGUUUGUCUCCUAAAAAAGUUGGUGAUGACAUUGCCAAAGCUACGACCGACUGGAAGGGUUUAAAGAUUACAAUACAGUUAACAAUUCAAAACCGGCAGGCCACAAUUUCAGUAGUUCCAUCUGCUGCUUCUUUAAUAAUUAAAGCACUGAAGGAACCACCAAGAGACCGUAGAAGACAGAAAGAUAUUAAGCACAAUGGAAAUUUGUCAUUUGAUGACAUACUUUCUGUUGCUCGAACAAUGAAACCAAGAUCCAUGUCAAAGUAUCUCAGUGGCACAGUUAAGGAAAUAUUAGGAACCUGUCAGUCAGUUGGAUGUACAGUUGAAGGCAGACCACCUCGGGAUCUUAUUGAAGAUAUCAACAGUGGAGAAUUACAAGUUCCUGACGAGUAAUAUGAUGUAUCACAAGGGGCAAAAAAUAAAAAUGUUUUAAAAUUGUA